GAUUCUUUUGCUAUCCUCUUUUUCGAACUCACAUUGUCUAACUCUCCCUCUCUCAUCUUCUUUUGGGUGGCUGUAAAAGCCUUGGACUAGGGCUAUAAUAGUACUACUCUUUUUUACUGGUCCUAACUCCUUACACACCUCAUUUGUCUUUAUUGAAUAAUUCGUUGUCUUUUAACUUUACCAUACCUAACAAUAAAACAACACUUGUAGUACGUACCACUCUUGUAAACUAAAGUGUUCUUCUUUUCUACCACUUUCCUCCUAUCUUUCAAAUUUGAACUCAAGAGAAAAUGGGUACAGCUACCUUCGUCGACAUCCUUCUUGCCAUCGUUCUCCCACCUCUUGGUGUCUUCUCAAGGUUUGGCUUAGAAGAGGAGUUCUGGAUCUGUUUGAUUCUGACUCUUUUUGGCUAUCUUCCUGGAAUCAUCUAUGCUAUUUACAUUAUCACUAAGUGACUCAUCAUCAUCAUCUUCUAUGUAACCCUUUUGUGGUGGAUCAUGAAUAAUUUUCAGUGGCUUCAUUCAUGUCUUUCAAUUGAGAAUCUGGUUUCUUGUAAAAUUGUUCAGUGAUGAUGGACAAAAGAUAUUCCUUUUUUUUUCUUCUUUUUGCUCUGUUUUUAACUUAAGUUUUUGUCUUGUGCUGAAAUGACAUUGUGAAAUCUAUCGAAUUGAACUCCUCUA